GAGCGGUGAGCGGGAGGAAUCCAGUCCGGGUUUUGGGGCAGGGGACUAGCGGGCUGCCUGCAAGGAGAGGCGAGUAAAGCAGGAACGCACCGCUGCCGACAGCUGGGGCAGAGCAGAGGGGACAGGCAGGCCCGCGCCGAGGGCAGCGGGAGCAGGUGGGGAAGCCGCGGGACUGGGGAGUCAGUGCCCCUCCAGAGCCGAUUGCACCCGGGCUCGCCUGCCCCAUGGCUGCAGCGCGCCUAUUGCGCCGCCCCACUGCCCCCUCCAGCGGCUGUGUCCCCCUGUGAGCGCCGCCGCCACCUCCCGAGCCCCGGGUGUCUAUGAGUGGCCGGCGCGGGGCCGCCGCCCUGAGCUGAGGCGCGCCCCGGGCUCCGCACCAUGCAGGCGCGGCGCUUGGCCAAGCGAUCCAGCCUGGGCAGCCGGCGGCGAAGCGUGCCGCUGGCAGCGCCCGCCCCGGAUGGGGGCCGGGCCCCCAAGCCCGAGAGCGGCUGCUGGAGGCCGCCCCGCCGAGAGGGCUCUGCCGCGGCGCUGGAGGAGGAGGAGGACGAGGACGUGGUGGUGGAGGUGGAGGAGGAGGAGGAUGAAGAGGAAGGCGGCUUGGGGAGCCCGCCUGCGCCGCUGCCCAUCCCCGCCAAGGGAAGCCUGAAGGCAGGCAGCAUUAAGCGUGAAAUGACCUUCACUACAUUUCAACAGGAUGACCUAAAAAGUGACAUCAGUCAAAAAUUACCAGACCAACAGUUUCUCCUGUUGGCCAUGAGGGAGGAAGAUUUAAAAACUGCAGACACCAAAAAAACAAACAGAAUUCAUGAGCAUGAAAAAGAAAACACUCGUUCUGUCUGUCUUCUUGAACAGAAACGCAAGGUUGUUUCUUCAAAUAUUGAUGUGCCUCCAGCAAGAAAAUCUUCAGAAGAACUGGACAUGGAUAAAGUGACAGCAGCUAUGGUACUAACCAGUUUAUCCACCAGCCCUUUGGUUCACAGCCCUCCUGUACGGCCCAAUGAAUCCCUGAAUGGAUCUUGGAAAGAAGGAGGAUUUGUGCCUUCUAGUACCAGCAGUAGUGGAUACUGGAGCUGGAGUGCACCCAGUGAUCAGUCCAAUCCAUCCACCCCAUCUCCGCCUCUGUCUGCUGAUAGCUUCAAACCCUUUCGAAUGCCCUCUCAGCCAGAUGAUAGUAUUGAUGAAGCUGAAACCAGUAAUCUCCUUUUUGAUGAGCCCAUCCCUAGGAAGAGAAAGAACUCCAUGAAGGUAAUGUUCAAAUGUCUAUGGAAAAACUGUGGAAAGGUACUGAGCACAGCUGCAGGGAUUCAGAAACACAUCCGGACCAUUCAUCUUGGACGUGUAGGAGAGUCUGACUACAGUGAUGGAGAGGAAGAUUUUUACUACACAGAGAUCAGGCUCAACACAGACUCGGUAGCGGAUGGCUUAAGCAGCCUUUCUCCAGUCUCUCCAUCUCUAGGAUCUCCUCCUCCUUUUCCCACCCAAGAUGCAAACCGUCCUGAAACUUCAUGUGCCAAAACUGAGACUAAAUUGAUGACGCCUCUGAGCCGCUCAGCUCCUACCAAUCUCUACCUCGUACACACGGAUCAUGCUUACCAGGCCACUCCUCCAGUGAACAUUCCAGGGUCAACAAAGUUCACUCCCAAUGGCCGUAGCUUUAGCGUCUCUUGGCAGUCACCUCCAGUUACCUUCACCGGCAUUCCGGUCUCACCAACUCAUAAUCGUCCUGCAGGGACUGGAGAGUCAAAACAACAGACCCACACAGUUCUCUCAUCACCGCCCAGAGUGUCAUUUGGCUUAAGUAUAUCAUCUCUAACCAAUCCAGAAAGAUUCUACAGUCAGAAGGUAGCUGGCACUAUUUUUGAUGAUGCACAGGCUGAAGAAGAAUACAGCUCAUUCACCCAUACCCUUGUUUACUCCACAUUGCUGACUGUAGUAAGAACUUGUUUUUGUCAAUAAACUUGUCAGAUAACACAUAAGGGAAUAGACAAAUGCAGUAACAAGCCACAGUUCAAUAGAACUGCUUUUCUAACCUUAACCAAUUUUAAGAAAAAAUUUUCUGAUAAAACCUUUGCAUCCAAAGUUUGAGAUGACUAUUGUAUGUUUCCCUGAGAGAAAUAAAGAAAUAAUUAUAACAUGAAAAAUAAAUUAGCAGUAAAAAUAUAAAUGUAGCUUUCCUAUUAUAUGGGACAACUCACAUAAAUCAGGAUUGCAAGAUUUUGUCCGAAUUCUUAAAAUCUAACCCAGUGCUACAAAGGAGCUCCUAAAUUACAUUUGUAAAUUCUCAAUGUUCAUCAUCUUUUCCCUCUACGAAAUGUAAGAAUGUUAUCUUUCAUUUUACACUACUCUACUGUAGAAGAUAGGGAUAUCCCUGAGUUCUGAAUCAGUAUCCAGUCAUGUUAAGGAGGAGUUUUCCUCACCAAUUAGUUAUUUCAAUAGCAAAUAGUAGUGCAGCAUUUGGUAUGUAAUGUUCAGAUAAACAGAAGUUACUAAAAGUGUACAUAGAGAAAUACCUUGAGAAAAACAACAAAAUGAUGUAAAUAAUAUGGAUUUCCUCAGGGAAAAUAAAAGGGCAGUAGAUGCAAAAAAUAGGUCUGUUUGAACCUACAAUUACUAAGAAUUUUAAUAUGCAUUUUAUUUUUCUGGAUAGAAUUAUUUAAUGAAAUAAGGACUAUAUUACCAUUUGAAUUAUUAAAAUUAGAAAUGAGUGCUUAUUUGUGAACAUGACCUUUUCUUGCUAACACAAAGUAUUUAAGCCUGUGUAUGCUUCAACUAUUAAAAGGAAAGGGGUUUUAGCUGAUGUAAAGUUAUGGGAACAGAGUUUGAAACAUGACCUGAUACAAUAGGUGGUCUACAUAUUUGUAUAAAGCUUUCUAGAAUGUAAUGUAAACAUGAAGUCUUGUCGCUAUACAAUCACCCAGUUAAACAUGUGUUAUCUAUAACUGGGUUACUGUUCAUUUAAGUGGCUCAGAACAAAAAUGUAUACUUUGUAGCAUGCUGUCCUGCAACUACUAAGUACUCUGGUUUGCAAGGUGCUAAUUUCCUUAUGGUGCACUCGAUAUUUUUAACUAGACUUUUUUCAUAUCUACUAGAGUACAAGCUUGAAAGAAACUCAAGAUCAUGCAUGCAAAUAAGAAAAUGCAUUGUAUUGAAAUACACACAGUUCUCAAACUUCUCCAUUUGUACAUGAAGAAGUGACCCCUUUUUUUUUAGUUCCGUUGUAAUUUCUCCUUAUCAGAAUCUCUUUACAGAAUCUAUUAACAUCAUGACCAGGGAUCCAACUGGGCAGACAUACACUCAAGUGAGUAAAAUCAUGCAUGUGCAUAAAUAUCUGAACAUUUUAAUAAAGUUUUUAGCUUUAAGUAAUUCUCAUGCUGACACUGUUAAUGAUAGUGACUGAUCUUUCUCUCAGAGUGUAGGUACAGUAAAUCUGCAAAGCAGGGCACAUUCCAAGUUGACUAGAGGUUGAAGAGAUGUAUUUCAGUAGCAGAAAAGCAUUUAUGCAAAGCACAUGAGAGUCUCACCAAUGGGAUUACGCAUAUGCUUAGAGUCUAAAUUUGUUUGCAUGCUUUGCUGAUUCAGGACCAUAGAGACAUCUUAUUCUUAUAGUCUCGUUUUGAAAUAUAUUGCAAGACAACCUGGCCAUUUGUAAUUUUGUGCUAUUUGUUGUAGAUUCAGAAUACUUUUACACUAAGAAAAGUCUAAUUCAGAGAACUGGCUUUUUAAGACAUUGUUUAGAAUUCCAAAGUUGCCGUGUCACUAUCAAACUCAAAGAAAGCCUGUCAAAACAAACACAUGACACAUACAGGCCACUGAUGACAUACAGUUUGAUCUCUGCAUUGCUUAUGUGCUCAACACACCCAUUGACUUCAAUAGGAAUUCUGGGUGUACAGGAAACAAAUGAUCAGGCCCAUAGUUCUCAAUUUGUCAGUUCACCUAAAAACUUUCAAAAUGCAAAUAUUUUGUAUCAUCAUGAUUGAUGUUGUUCUGUGUAAGUUUUAUUGUUUCUAAAAAGAUCUCAUAUUUAUACUGGAAAGGAAACAGACAGCAGCCUUCUUUAUACGAUGCAAUACUUGCUUACUAAACAAAGGGCUAAACUAUAGAAACAAGUGCUGCAAAGCAUGCUCUUUAAAGCUAACUUACCAUCAAUAACAAUAGGUUAGUACAGGCAAAACUUCAGAGCUGUAACAAUGCUGGCAUUAUUUUAUAUCAAUUUACUAAAAACUGUGAAACAAAACUCAGAUUCCAUGAAUGAACCAAAAGGGUUGUUGCUUUAUACACCAACAGCGCACAACUGUAACAGAGCAGAAGAAAUAAUCCAGAACACCUGGGAGGAAGUUAGAAAUAGCGACGUUCAAGUCUUUCUGAAAGGAAAACUGUUGCCCUUGGUAGCAUAGAGAUAAUUUAGUCUGAAAUUGACAUCUCAAUGUCAUGAAGACAAGCCUACUUCAUGGACAUGAAUUCCAUGUUCUGAAAAGAGAUUUUGCUUGGUCUCUUGGGGUUUUUACUUUUAUAUUUAUAGUCUCAGUUGUAAAGUUCUUAAAAUUGUCAACUAUUUAGCUUGAAGAUGUAAUACAUUUUGACAAUGAUUUCUGAAAUAAUUUCUGAAACACUGUCAUACCAGUUUGAGCCUGAUCCUACAAGGCGAUCUGCUCAGACUUCAGUGGGACCCUGUGCUAGAAAGGUCCUCACAGAAAGAUCAUUUGCAAGAGCAUUGUUCACAGGUAGAAAGACUUUUCAUAGCUGGGGCAAUCAAAAGGCAAGCCUUACAGAUGUUCUGGUAUGUCAUACACAGCUUUCACUAAGUUUAUUAAAGGGGCUUUGUCAUGUGGGUUAGGACCCACAAUUCAGAGAUUGUGGGGGGCAUUUACACCAAACAAAAACUGUUUUAGAAUUUUAAAUGGCAGUUUAAAUUAUUUGUUUUAAUUAAAUUUAUGAAUCCCCUGCAGAGCUAGCAACUCAUACAUUGCAGCACUGCGUGCUGGAACGUCAAACUGAUUCCGUAUUUCACCUUUUUAAAAUAAUGAAAUAUAUUAAAGUAAAAAAUUGAACUUUUAAAAUCUAAUUUUACUGAUUUAAUAAUCUGAGGUAGCAGGUCCGGAGGGAAUGUUAAUUGUUUAAAAAAAGAACAGCUCUGGAGCCAGAUGCUGGGCGCUGCUCUUGCAGUGCAGAGCAACCAUGAAGCCAGUGGAUCCGGAUCCUGUGAAUUCUCUCUGGCUGGGGAAUCUUUGAGGGCCAUAGAGCCACCCUAGCAGUUCCUGUGCCAAACCCCUUCCUUCCCCCCCCCCCAUCUGCUUCCCAGUAUAGAAGAGAUGCAGCCAAGGGAAGGAUGUCCUGGCCAGGUAUUCCUACACCCCCAUCAAACCCUGGCUGACAGAAUCCCUCACAUACGUAGCGCCACUGGCGUCAGAGACUGUCUGCAUGAGUUCAAUGAGCAGGAAUUGCACCAAAAUUUUGUGCUUUUUGUUGAGGACCAAAAACAAAUGUACCUGAAAAUGUCUGGCCUGAAAACUAAUGAAAUCCAACCAGGCUGGAGAAGUGUUCUCCCUGCCUAAAGACUGCCACUUUACCAAAAACUGUGCCAGCCUUUAUCUUGGAUGGUAUUAUAGCCUUCACAAGCUCCUGCCAGACAAAAACCCUAUGAUGGCCUCAAUCAUCCGAUAUUGCCUAGUGGGUCCAAAUGAUAUUAGUGGUGCUGCUAACAACACACAAUCACCUAUUCACUUACCAAAUAGUAUUCUUCCAGCUUUUCCCGGUUAUGCCAAAAACCAUUCAACUACUGAAGUAAUUCGUGGGAAACCCCUGUCUUCCCAUGCUGAAAAUAUUCCUUAAGGAAGUGUGGUACCACCAUAGGCAUGUGAGCAUAUUUUAUUAUCAAGCCACAUCUAACCUCCACUUAAAAGUGCUGAGGAAUUGCCAUUUUGUCUGCUUCAAAGUCUCUCUGCUCCCUCAACAAAGCUCUGGGCUUGGCACUAUUAAUUGAUCCAGGAGUCCCAGUGAGCAGCUUCAUCCAAAGUCAGUGGCAACAUCACUCCAAGAGAAAGGAGAAUUCAGGGUGGACAAAGUAACAGCCUCAAAUAAUCAAGUGCAGAUUCCUCAUGUGGAUGUGUAGGAGAAUAGCCCUUGUCUUUCUGAGAUUCCAGCAUAGAGAUUGCUCAGUGUGGGACAUCAUGCAGUCAUGUAUCACAUUUCCUUAGCAGCAAGAAAGACAAAUUCUCCCAUCCUCCAAUUAAUAUAUUUGCCUCACUCUGAGAAUCCCAGAGUUAACUGAAGAUUAAGACAAGCAGCAGUCUCUUGAACAGGAUGUUUCCUUGCUUCACAUUUAAAGAAACAGGAUUAUCUUGGCUUUUUUCUAGGAGAAAGUUAAUGGGCAGACUCAGUUACAUAGGUACUAUUUGAGGGAGGUUUGAGCCAAGAAGUUAAGAUCUUAAUCCAAAUAUCCUCAGAACUGGAGCAUGGUAGGAUUUAAGUGUUUGUUUGGGCCUCUCUCUACUUAUUGCACAAGAGCUGUGACCAAUGCCUUAGAGAGGGUACAGUACAGGGGUUCUCAACCUUUUUCUUUCUGAGCCCUCCACCCCCACCCCCACAUGCUAUAAAAACUCCAUACCCCACCUGUGUCACAAUAACUGUUUUUCAGCACAUAAAAGCCAGGGCCACUGUUGGUUAGCAAGCAGGGCAAGUGGGGCCCCCAUGAAGCUAAGUUGCUCAGGCUUCGGGUGGCAGGGUUCAGGGCCCUGGGCUUCAAUCCUGCGCGACAGGGCUUUGGCUUUCUGCCCUGGGCCCCAGUGAGUCUAAGCCCAGCCCUGCUUGGCGGACCCCCUGAAACCUGCUUGUGGCCCCCCAGGAGGCACCAGACCCCUGGUUGAGAACUGCUGGUAUAGUAGACCUUAUGUACUUUGUACCUUACAGUAUGCAGCAUGACAAUCUAGUUUGGUUACAUCUGGAUAACACUUCUCUAUCCAGAUACUUGUGGCCUCCUCACUGUAAACGGAGUACAGGUUCUUUUCUCCUGCCAAAAUAUUGUACUAUUCCCAAAUCGCUUGUAAGUAGAAGAUUCUGUCAGUGAUCAACACCACUUUUAUUUACUGUUUUAUAAUGUAAUAGUCAAGAAACUUGCCAGAAAAGAUUAUUCAUUAGCUUAGGUCAUUUUUUCCCCUCUAAAGUACCUUAAAGCAAAUAUGAUUUGCAUAUUUAUUAAAAUACUUUACUUAUUUGUAUACAUGUACAUUUUUAAGUAACUGUUGUAAAUUAAUUCAUGAAAAUGAGCCUUUCAUGGACACCUUUAAGAUGAUUCUUUCUAUAGAGUAGGUCAGUCAAAACAACUACUGCUGGUUCUUUUAAAAUAAGAUUAAUAUAGCAAUAAUUAGUGCUAGCAUUUCUUGGGGAUGCAGGGAGAGCAGCACAUAUUGCACAUUCUCAAGUCCAUAUUAAAUGACAGGGAAUUUUCUCUAGAGCCAAGAGAUCUGACACUAGUGUCUAUCUUCAGUACACAACUGCAGCGUAUUAUGAUUGUCAGUUGCACAAUUCAUAUUUUUACAAAACACUAUUAUAUUACAAUUCAAGGCUUACAUCAGUAUCAUUAUGACUGAAUUGCAUUGUAGCUAGCAGAGGUCCAAUCACACAGUCUCUUCUCAAGAGAAUAGUUCCUACUCAUGUGAACAGCCUCACUGAAGACAAUAGGACUAGUCAUGCAAGUAAGGACUGUUAGAGUAAGGGUUGCAAGAUGAGGGCCCUUAGUUUUCACUUGACAUCAAUGGCUAUUUGUCAGGAUGGGCAGGAAUGGUGUCCUUAGCCUCUGUUUGCCAGAAGCUGGAAAUGGGCGACAGGGGAUGGAUCACUUGAUGAUUACCUGUUCUGUUCAUUCCCUCUGGGGCACCUGCCAUUGGCCACUGUCAAAGGACAGGAUACUGGGCUAAAUGGACCUUUGGUCUGACCCAGUACAGCUAUUCUUAUGUUCACACAUUCCUCCAGAAGAAGUUAAAAAAAUAACAAACAAACAAAAAAACAAGAUUAUGCCAAAAAGCUGGCUAAGUAGAACUGUGGAGUCUCUUCCCCAUUACUCUAGAAAACAGGAUUUUGCUAUCAGGAGACAAAGGAUGGUCUUGAGAAUAGGUGCUGGACUGGGGAUUUAGGAGAUCUUGGCUCAAUUUUGAUUUCUUGUGUGACUUUGGGCAAGUCCCUUAUGCUAAUAUCCACCCCCCCCCCCGGACUGACAAUACAGCCUCUCUCUUACCAUUUCUCUGUCCUGGCUAUUUAGACUGUAAUCUCUUUAGGGCAGGGCCUGACUCUUAUUUGUGUUUGUACACUGCUUAGCACAAUGGGGCCUAAUCUUUAACCCUCCUCCUGGUAGUAUUUAAUUUGAUUUGGGGGGCGUGUGUGGGGAGAGAGAAGUAGGGAAAGGUCAGUGGUUAGCCAAAUAAUCUUAUGUAAAAUGAGACAUAGGACCACAGCUUCAGCUGUGGCAAGGCUCCAUUUGUCAUGGCUUUGAUGAGCAUCAAGGGUAGCUUUGAACUAUCUUUGUACUCCCCUGACUGCUGGGGCUUCCAGGAGCCAGUUUUUGGCCCAUGGUAUAAUGCAGGGAAGUCUUAGGCUGCUCUAAUUUUUGCCAGUUUGUAACAGCCCCUGAGUCCAUUUAUGUUGGCUGGGGAUUACAAGAAUGGAGCAAGCUAUGGCCACUGGGGCUGGUGGAGGUGGCACAGAGCUAGCUACGCUGGGCUCUAUGCCCAUCUGGGAUUUCCUAUGCUGAGGGGAAUCCUCAGCUGGCUUGUUAGUGCAGCAUUCUAGCCCCUUUGCACCAUUAGAAUGGCAUAAAAAGGGGCAAAAGGGUAUAUAGGAUGUAGUCCAUAAGGUCAUUAAGGAACAAAUCUGUCCUAACCAACGUCAAAUUGCACUAUGUUUCGUAACAUCCCACAAAUAUGAAGAAGCACUUAAAUAAAAAUGUUGACCUUUUCUGUAAUGGAGGCGUCAUAUUUUAAUGCACAGAAAGAGAAUAUUAAUACUAUAGACUGUGUAUGGCUUUAGUGUAAGCCAAAAGGCCAAAUAUUAGUCAGAAUUGGCCCAAUCUUGCCAUCCAUAUGUAGGCAAAAUGCCUAAUAAAAAUCAGUCGGUAUUUUGCCUGCAUUGGGACUGCAGGAUUCAGGUCCAUGUGUCCUUAUAAUUGUUUUCCUACAAGAGGGAAAUUCAAUCUCUGUUCAGUGUUUCUCAUCUAUUUCCUGACAAAUGGUGCUUUGGAGACUAUAAGUAAUUUUGAAAUUUUAAAAACACAUUUCAAGAAGCAAUUCAGUCUUUUUUUUUAAACUAUAUUUUUAAAAAGUAUUUUCUCUUCCACUCUGUGCAAAAGAAGUGAUCUUUAAUUAGAGCUACUCAGCAUUGUACUUCUUUGUAUAUAUUUUUCCUACUUGUUAUGCCAUGUAUUUUUUAUAUUAAAAAAUAAUUGAGAAAUUGAUUUUUUAAAAUCUUUUUUAUUAUUACCAGCAUCUUGCAGAGCUUUGACCUAUAAUUUUUAGAAAUGAUCCUGAAAUAUGGAGAAAUCUGAUACUAAGAAAUUUUUAUUAAAUUAGUAAAAAUGUAUACUCUCUGGAUCAGAUGAGUUACUUUUUAAUGGUAUAUACAUAAAUACUGUAGCUUCUGAAAUGAAUUGGCACUUGGUAGAUUCAGUACACAAAUGAAAUGAUACAGCUUUAAAAAGGAAAAUUUCCUAGCAGGUGGAAAAGGUGUAGCCCUGGAACUUGUACAUACACAAAACUUCCACUGGUUAAGUAAACUAUAUUUUUCAAUUGGUUUGGUUGAACCGGUCCAAACUCCUUUGUGAUCAAUCUUUAUAAACCAGGUUUAAAUGGAUUUAAAACUGUCCACUAUGGAGUUGGCAUCACUUUAGCUGAAUUGAUUUAAAAACACACCCUUAGUUAAACCAGUGCAACUCUGUGCAUAGACUGGGCCCUGAUUAUUAAAGGGAAGCUGCAAAUCUUUACUCAUGUGAGUAUGACUAAGAUCACAGAAGCCACUGACUACUCAUGUGAGUAAACAUUUGCAGGAUCAGCCCCUAAAGGCUAUAUCCUCCAUCACUCCCCAUGUGGAACGCUCUUUGCAUUAUAUAUAUAUGGCCCUAAAGCUACAUCCAGAUGGAUUUAAGGUUUUUUUCCCUUUUUUGUCUUUCAAGAUGAGCACCUGUUACUUUAAAAAGCAAGCAAGGACCAUCAGAGCCCUCUGUAGGUGUUGUAGAACACAUUGAAAAUAAACACUAUGUCUAAUUGUUUACCUCACCCAAACUGUGUUUAUUUCAGUUUCCAAAUCAUCCCUUGAACUUCAGAGCACUAAGGUCUACAGUGACUGGAAGCCAGAGCAAAGUGGCUGGCUAAGAAGAAAACUCUUUAUUUUGCCCCCUCCCUUUCCUUCCAAGGGCAGAUCCUUUCUAAGUUCCCCUCGCAUAACACAAACACAACUGGCUGAGGUCCUGUGGGAUCACCCUCUGCUCGGAAGGUCUUGAGAUUACAGCAUGGAAGCAGAAGAAAUCUGAACCCCUAAUUCUAUCCAAAAGACACACACACACACACACACACACACACACACAC